UAAACAAACAGCUGUUUAGUGGGGGGACAACAGAAGAAAAAACAUUACAAAACAACUGGAAAAAUGUCGGCUACACGUUUCUUGCGUGGAUUUUCUACAAAUUCCAUAAAAUUGGCUAUAAACAAAAAUGCCAUUGGAGGACGUAAUUUAGUGGAAGCUGUAGCUGUAUCAACUAAUGGUAAAACAAUCGUUGCCUGGCACCCAGAGCCCGAUUUUCCUUAUGAGUGCACCAAGCCGCUACCAGUCGCAUCUGAAACACAAUCAGCAUCUCUAAUUAAGGAUGAGGCCAUCGGAAGUGCUAUGAGUGCUUUCAAGGAAAAGAGACCAGAGGUAGCUCGCGAGGAACUCAUGCGUCUUACACACACAACCAAACACAGAUGGUUUCCACGUUCCCGCGAUAAGAGAGCAAAAACUACUCCAAUGGAUAGACCGUAUUUGUAAUGUAAGAAAUUCUGUGUUGUGUUAAGUUUGAACGGAUUAAUAAAUAUUAUUUAAAGUAUCCAAAGAAAA